AGGAAAGGAUUCUCCCGAUUUCAUCAGUUCGGUGUUGCACUUUGCUUUUCAUUGUCAAAAAUAACAUCACGUUUUUUUUUAUUUUAUACCCGAAGCCCCCCACUUCCGGUGCCACGCGGCCUACCGCUGGGCGUCUUCACACAGCUGGGUUGCUUCUGGCUUCGUGGCCCAUUGAAUUGAUCGGCACACGUUAUUUAGUCCCUAUAGUCCAGCUGCACUGGUGGAAAAUGAGGCGUUUGGCGGCGGCCCUCUUAGCCGUGCUGCUGCUCGGCUCCGGGGCUUCCGGGAAGACGGUGAGCGGACUUUUUAAGAGCGAAGCGGCGAGGCAGCAGAAGGGCCAGUUCAUCUCCAAAUUCAUGUACCAAGGUGACGACGGCCUGCUGGUGUGCCGGCUGGACAACCCUUCCCUGGCCGCAGAGAAGGAGUCCAGACUGCUGCUGUACCAGGACAUGGACUCGGACCUGGACAACCUGAGCUGCUGGGAGAGGCUCGGCAAAGCCCAGUUCAGCAUUUCCCUCAGCCAGGCCGAGCACAACCAGAGCAUCCCUCGUCUGUCUGCCCCCACACCCUGGCAGCUCCUGUAUGCUGACAGAUACACGUGUCAGGAAAGCUCUGUGAUCCCGUCCCACGCUGACCUGGCUUUUACUGUCCUGCUGUUUAACGCUGACUCGGCAGGGAACCCUCUGGAGCACUUCAGCGCCGAGGAGGCAGGUCUGCACAGCUUCUACUUCCUCCUGCUGCUGGCCUACUUCAUAGCCUGCUGCAUCUACAUCCAGCCUCUGUACCAGGCUCUGAUGAAAGGGGGCCCCAUGCACACCGUCCUCCAGGUGCUGACCACCGUGCUGGCUUUCCAGGGCUGCUCUGCCCUCUGCAACUACAUCCACUUAGCCAGGUACUCCAGAGAUGGCACGGGCGUCCCCCUGAUGGGCAGCCUGGCAGAAUUCUGGGACAUGGUGUCCCAGGUGUCCAUGCUGUACAUGCUGCUGAGUCUGUGCAUGGGCUGGACUCUGAGCCGGGGCAGGAAGCCUCAGUCCAGGCCUCUGCAGUGGGAGCGCUCUCCGGCCUCCACCGCCGUCGCUGUGGGCGGAGUCAUCGUACAGGGAGUGCUGCUGCUGUGGGAGCAGUACUCUGAAUCGGAGCGCGAACAUCACAGCUACCACGCCCAGCAGAGCCUGGCGGGCCUCCUCCUCAUGGCUCUGAGAGUGGGCCUGGCCCUACUGCUGGCCUCCAUCCUCUUCCAGAUCAUCUCCACUGAGAGGAGCAGCCUGAAGAGAGACUUCUACCUCAGCUUCGCUAAGGGCUGCUUCCUGUGGUUCCUCUGCCACCCCGUCCUCGUACUCACAUCUGCGAUCUUCAACGAGCACCAGAGGGAGAAGGUGGUGACCAUCGGUGUCAUCCUCUGCCAGUCCAUCUCUAUGGUUGUCCUCUACCAGCUCUUCCUGUCCCGAUCUCUCUACUGGGAGGUGUCCUCCCUCUCCUCCGUGUCUCUGCCUCUCACCAUGUCCAGAACAAACCACAGGGGGCGUUACUGAGCACAUACCGUGAUCAUUAGCAGUACGGGCAGACCAACGCUGUACCUCUCCGUGUCUGAGCAGGAGGACAGUCUGAGGACAAAGAAUGAGGACUGCGCUGUUGUCCCAGGAGAACAGUUAAAGCCACAUGUAAGGACAGUAUUUACUGCCACACUUGCCUCUGAUUUAGGCUGGACCCCGCAUCACGACUGCUGAGUGGAGGAAAGGAGAGGGGCAUCAAUGCAGCGCCAUUUAGGGCUUUUCUGCUCUUUCUUUGGCUCUCCCGGACAUGGGUCGAUGGACAUAACCUCAUAAACAGAAAUGCAUGGUGAGCAUGUGUCAUCUGGUGAGGUAGACAGGGAAGACGGAGAGGAAAACACAAGUGUUCACUGGCACAUGCCGAGGUAGGGAAUGUUUUCGAAGGGUGCCUGCCCUUAACUUUAUUGAGCACAGUGUAGCAUCAUGCUCAGGACUGGAGUUCAUUUAAAUCAUCCACAUGAUUCACCUCAUUUGAGCUUUCAAUUUGCCCUCAAAAGGUUUUAAGAUGGAAAAGGAAGAGUAUUCCUUUUAAAGAAAGCAUUGUUUGUUCUAAUUAUAAAAGACAAAACCAAGAAUGUGCUUACGAAUAGUACGAUUUAUUUUAUUGGGGACGGAUUUUUAGCUGUGGAUGAGUCCACUUUGGAGUUGACCGCAUACACUAGGUUUGAUGUACAGUUUGACAGAAUUUAAGUUCACAACAGCGUCAGCCCAUUGUUGGUUUGGUCUUUCUUUGUUACUGAUAAAAUGGUCAGUGUAUGUAAGGUUGAGGGUGUUUGUAGAAGCAAGUGGGUGGACGAAUCCAGACUGAAGUUACGAUGGGGAUGUCAGUCAAUGGAGCACAGGAGGGUUGAAUGGCCUUUAGUGAAAAUAAAUGUAUGCAGCAUGUGUUCCAUUUAGGAAUGGAGAAUGACCAACUUUUGCCCUCAAAUAGCCUAAGUGAUGAUUACAGAGAGCUCUGAUUCUAUACCAUAUUCAGUUGGCUAUCACAAUAGAGCAAGACAUUUCUGAUAUGUUAAAAUAUCUUCUGAAAAACAGCUUUAGGCCACAAACCGAUGCAUCACCCACUUCAGAUACAUCAUACUUGAAAAUGAAGCCUUAUCUGUGUUUUUAUCUUUUUUAUUUUAUCAGACAUGGCAUUGUCUUCUGUCCAGUGUGUUCAAUGGUCCAUACUUGACUUAUUGCAAAGAGGUCAUUUCCAAAUAAUAUAUUACUUUUUAUGUAACCAGUGGAGAUAUAAUGCUUGUGAUUAAGAAUUAAUGAUCAAAUACAUUUCAACUAUCAAUA